AUGAGGAGGGUGGUACCCUGGAUCGGGAACGUUACCCUGUACGGGUGUCUGUUCGCCGGAGGGGAUUUUCUCCAUCAGUGUGUCGCACACCGGGGCAGCCGCGACCUGGACCUGAAGCGCACGCGGAACGUGGGGCUCGUGGCUUUCUGCUUCCAUGGCAACUUUAACUACUUCUGGCUGCGCGCGCUGGAGAGCCGGUUCCCCGGUAAAUCGGUGGGCAUGAUCGCGCGCAAACUGGUGCUGGACCAGAGCCUGGCAUCACCACUGGCGACCAGCGUCUUCUACACCGGAGUGAGUGCUCUGGAGGGUAAAGAAGACAUAUUUGAGGACUGGAGGGAAAAGUUUUUUAACACGUAUAAGACUGGUCUGAUGUACUGGCCCUUCAUGCAGUUCCUGAACUUCCUGUUGAUUCCGCUGUACCUGCGUACCGUGUUCAUGGGCUGCUCGGCGUUCCUCUGGGCCGCGUUCCUGUGCUUCUCACAGCAGAGCGGCGACGGCACCGUGACCACGGCCGUGGACUGGAUCAGCUCGUCUGAGAAACGGCUCAUGAGCAGCGGCACAAACGAGGAGAAAUGAUGAGCGUGGCGACGUG